AUGGUCAGAUUAAUGCCGGUGUUAGGAAGUGCUGGUGUUCCUGGGAAAAGCUCCUCUCUGCCCCUUUCGCUCUACGCCGGCUUCUGCUCAGCCCAGGGGGCCAGUGGUCUGGGCAGCAUCAUCAGGGAGGCAGAUAAUCUGCCUGCCUUUCCUCCCCAGUCUGGAUUCAAACUGCUGACCUUGAGCAAAGCUUCACCACCGCCUCACCGUGGUUCCACCAGCUUUUCAUACCAGGGGCCUCGCCUCCCCUUUGCCAAACGCCACAAAGAAGCUCAGUGGAGCCGUGCGUCCACUAAGGCGUUUAGCGUGUGGACAGCUGUCUGCUGCUCGGAGCCUGCGAGGCUGGCCUGGGGCGUGGGUCAGAUGCUGCUGUUUGACAGAGGUCCAGCUGCAGAGGGACCUGGCACCAAGGCCGCUGGCCGACCGAGCGGCUGGGCCGGCGCCGUCUGGUGGCCACUGCGGCCCAGCUCUGCCCUGAGCCCCCAGCCCUGCCCUGCCCCCGGAGCCCUUCACUGCACCCCCAACCCAGCUCUGCCCUGCAUGCCCCAGCCCAGCCUGGCACCCCCAGCCCAGCCCGGCACCCCCAGCGUUCCCCAGCUCAGCGCCUCCACCUCGCGGGAGCCGGCAUCUCCAGGCUGCGCGCUAGGUACGUGUCCCCGCCCGCCGGCCCGGGUCGCCGGUCUCGCCUCGCGGCUCCCUCCUCCCGGGGCGCGCGCCCUCCCGCCCGGGGCGCCGGUGCCCCCAGAUCCGGACGCAGCCUGGCCGCCCUGCGCCAGCAUCAAAGUUCAUGCUUCGACGUCCCGCUCUGCUCUCCGCCAGUUUCUGCUGUGUCCUUCCCGGUCUCCGGACACGGCACUGCGGGCGGACCCCGGCCGGGUGGGCUCCCCGGGCUCCAACUUUGGCCACCGCCGGGUCGCUGUUCAGAGCGCGGUGUUGAAGUGGCCGGCGCCGAGCGUGGCCGCGCGCACCCGGCUGACUCGCGCCGAGAAUGGAAAGCGGCCUCGGUCCGCGGCCUCGGAGAAGCCGAGCCGAUGGGCCAGCGGGGGACCUGCCUGUAGCGCUCAGCAGUGCUCCAUGGAGGGUUUGCGGAUCCGGCUUGGCACGGGAGGCCCUGUCCGCAGCUGCCUGCUCGGCUGGGCUCUGGCGGUGGCCCUCAUGUGCGCUCUGCUACGUUGCCUUUUCUUUACCGUGGAAUCUAUUCGUUGGCUGUUUGGUGCCCACUCCACUAUGAUAGGACUGUCCCCUUCAUGCACGGUGGAACUGGUCCCCAUCUUCCCCCACGUCUGCCCAUCUACUCUGCCUCCUCCUGCUGGAAAAAGUUGGAUAGACAAAAGGAUCCCUAACUGUAAGGUCAUUUUUAAUAACUCUUUUGCUCUCGACUCAACGUGGGUACAGCCAGAGGAAGCUAUACUAUUCCAUGGAUACGAGAAGCCUCAUUUUCUGGCAAAUCAAGUAGCCCUGUCUUUGUCGAGACCAGCCCCUGCUUCUCGACCGGUGCCCACUGUGGUGUUUGCCCCGCAGCCCAUCCCAGGUGGAUGCCUCAGCAGCCUUAAGCCAGCAGGUGGUGGCCCCACCAUUGCCAUUGCCACUGCAGCUGCUGCUGCUAUGGUGUCUGUGGACCCUGAGGGACUCCGGGGCCUGUCCCCUGCCAGCGUCCAGCCAUACCACUUUGUGACCUUGGCACCCAUCAGAAUCCCGCUGCGGAGUGCCCCGCUCUCAGAUAAAAGCAGAGAGGGUAGCCGAGCACCUCGGCCCCCCGCCCUGAUGCUGCCGACGGAGAGGAAGAGUGGGGCACGACCUGAGGAGGAUCAGGAACCUCCGUCCAUCCUGGUGCGCAGAGAGGAGAGCCUCACCGUGGGCAGCAGACCUGUGGCAUCCGCCCCAGUGCCCGGAUCCCCCUGGUGUGUGGUCUGGACGGGUGAUGACCGAGUCUUCUUCUUCAACCCCACAAUGCAGCUGUCUGUCUGGGAGAAGCCCCUGGACCUGAGGAACCGUGGGGACCUCAAUAGGAUCAUUGAAGACCCUCCCCACAAGCGCAAGCUGGAAACAUCCACACCUGACCACAGUGAGGGGUCCAGCUCAGAAGAUGGAGACGAGGACCAGAGCGUGAAAGCCAAGAGGAACCGGACGGAAGGCCACGAGAGUUCAGAGCCAGAGGAAGUGGCCAGAGAGGACAGAGCCACUAAGACCCCGCCCCCCCAGAUCCUCCUGCCCCUGGAAGAGAGGGUGACACAUUUCCGGGACAUGCUCCUGGAGAGAGGGGUGUCAGCGUUUUCUACCUGGGAGAAAGAAUUACACAAAAUUGUGUUUGACCCUCGCUAUCUCCUGCUGAACUCGGAGGAGAGGAAGCAGAUAUUUGAGCAGUUUGUCAAGACAAGAAUAAGAGAAGAAUACAAGGAAAAGAAGAACAAAUUGCUGCUAGCCAAAGAAGAAUUCAGAAAGCUUCUAGAGGAAUCUAAGGUGUCACCCAGGACGACUUUCAAAGAAUUUGCUGAGAAGUAUGGCCGUGAUCAGAGGUUUCGACUUGUUCAAAAAAGGAAAGACCAGGAGCACUUUUUCAACCAGUUCAUACAAAUCCUUAAGAAACGGGACAAGGAAAACAGACUAAGACUGCGGAAGAUGAGAUGA